GAGGAGAGUGAAGAAGUGACCAUGGAAGAGUCGACUGAGGUGCGGACCGACGGGAACUCGCUGCUCAAGGCGGUGUCCCUGUGUCGCCUGCGGCUGACCCGCCUCCUGCUAGAGGGCGGGGCUUACAUCAACGAAAGCAACGAGCAGGGAGAGACGCCGCUCAUGGUGGCCUGCAGGACCCGCCACUCUGACUCACAGAGCGUGGCCAAACACAAAGUGGUCCGGUACCUGCUGGAGAACGGAGCGGACCCAAACAUUCAGGACAAGACCGGCAAAACCGCUCUGAUGCACGCAUGUUUGGAAGAGGCCGGGCCGGAGAUUCUGCUGCUUCUGCUCAACAGCCAGGCGGACCCGACGCUGGAGGACCAUUGCGGGGCCUCGGCGCUGGUGCAUGCGCUCAAUUCGGGCAACAGAGACGCCCUCAGGAUCCUGCUGGACGCCUGCAAGGCCAAGGGUAAGGAGGUGAUCAUCAUCACCACCAACAAGUCGCCCUCCGGACAUCAGAUGACCAGGCAGUACCUGAAUGUCCCGCCACCUUGUGACCCCGAGGAGCGCCUGCCCCACACUCACAUGGCUCCACAAACAGGGAGCCCACACCUGGGCCACAAGAAGUCCCCGUUUGCAGGCCCCACAGCAGACCCACCCUCCAGCCCGCCUGUUUCCCCGGUCCAAACCCCGAGCCCGUUGUACGUCCCCAGCGUGGAGAAGCGGCUCAAUUUCCAGAGGCUGGGCUCGGAGCAGUGGCUCAAAGGUCCCUCUGCGGGGGUCCAGGCCCCGCCGCUGGCAGGAGAGCUGCGGGAGAGGUCCGCUGAGGACGAGCGGCCUCCUCGAGUCGCCGGCCAGGGGCGCCACCCGCCCUUUUCCCGCCACCACAGCAUCGACGUCAAAGACGCAGCAGGACUCCUGAAAGCUCUGGACACGCCGCCCGGAAGUGUGGCCCCGGGGAAGAGACUCUUGGGCAGGAAGAUGUCGUACGACGGCGCCGCCAGCUCCCUGCACUCUGCCUCCCAUCCAAACCUCAACCAGCCUGGGCCCAGCCGCGCCCAGAAGGACUCGCCCGACACUCAGCUGCAUGUUUCCAGCCUGCAGAACGUGGUGAGGCGGCGCAGCAUUGGCAUCGGCCACUACAGUUCCGACUCUCAGCUGCCCCAGUUCGGCAGCCGGGACAGCAAGAGCCCGGCUAGUUCCACAGCUGGGACGGAGCGCCUCAGACUCCUCUUCAGCAGGUCCUCCAACCUGUCAGGGUCCAGGGAGUCUCUGGAGAGUGCUGUCCCCCAGAGAGGGGCUGCCGGCCUGGAACGGAGGGGCUCUGGAGCUCUACUUCUGGACCACAUCGCCCACACACGACCCGGAUUCCUCCCACCUCUCAACCCCCAUAUUCCAAUACCCGACAUCGGUGCCAGUUUAGGCGCGUCACGUGCUCUAGGUGGGAGCAGCAAAACUCUGAGUGGCGGUCCAGCAGGGUCCAAGCCCGUCCUGCCCUGCGUCCCCAUCUUCCUGAAGGACCUGAAAGCCAAGAAGAUGCUGUGGAGACGCCACUCCAUGCAGAGCGAGCAGAUCACACAGCUGGUCGACUUCGAGGAGAACCUGCAGCGACAGACAUGACUGGGUGUCCACCAGCACGGACUCAUGGAAG